AUGAAGACUUGCUUCGGGUGUUGUCCACUACAUCAUGGCGUCACUGCGAUUUCCUUUCUAAACAUUGUUUGGAAUAUUACGGAAGCGUUAAAACACAUUUAUCGCCGUGUUGAAGAGUAUCACCGAUUUAAGUAUAUUAACAUUUCAAAUGGCAGUACUUCGGUUUCUUCCGAUGACAAUGAUAGCACUAAAGAAUAUGAUCCUGACUACUGGUCAGAUGUCGAAAGAAAAAUACCUAUCAUGAGCGAAAUAUACAUGGACUACAUAUUCAUAAUGGCAGUCAGUUGGAUCGUUUUGGAAUUCAUCUCGAAUUGCUGUCUCAAGCAAUCCACCUUCAAACGUGCUCCUCAAAAAAUCUACCUGUGGCUAGUAGUUUAUUACUCGAAUUUGUUGUUUAUGGUAUUGCAUUUGGUCCACUAUAUAAUAUUGAUGUUGAGACAUUCAGUUCUUGCAAAUGCAGUAUUCCCAAUAAGGAUGAACCGACAUUUUAAUAGUUUUUUCGUGAAACUGAUAUACAUAGCUAUUAUAAGUCUUGAGAUCGCUAUAAUCCACUCGUACUAUAUUUCUGAAAAAAAAAAUAUGCUAAAUGACAUCAUACAACUCAAAUGGAAAUGCGUAUCACGAGGAGAAGUGGUAUCCAAAGGUGUCGAUUAUUCUUCGUCGUCAGCUUUCAAUGAAAGAACAUCUGGCCAAACCCAAGAAGGAUCUAGAAUACCGCCGUACAUAACCAAUAUCAUACAGAAUUAA